AUGAGUAGUACUCUAAGAGUACUAAAUCUUGCAAGGAACAAACUCGAAGGCCAAAUUUUGGAUACAUUUCCAACUUCCUCUGCUUUGAGGUUCCUUGAUCUCAAUGAAAAUUUCUUAGAAGGUGCCAUCCCAAAAUCUUUGCGGCACAAUACCAACCUCACUCUUGCAAAGCUGGAAAGCUUUAUGCUCGAUGGUGAUGAAGCUGGUUCAAAAUCUGGCCGUUUGUCUUUUGACAUCUACGAUAACAUCAAUCCAAUGGGAAGGAGUUACCAAGAUUCAGUAACAAUUGUCAACAAAGGGAGACAAGUGAAGUUGGUAAAGAUUCUUAAUGCCUUCACUUCUUUGGAUUUCUCAUCGAACCAUUUUGAAGGGCCAAUACCAGAAGAACUUGUGAGUUUCAAAGCACUCCAUGCUCUUAACUUGUCACAGAAUGCUUUUUCAGGCCAUAUCACUUCAUCUAUAGGGAAUCUGAAGUAUCUUGAGUCAUUGGAUUUGUCAGUAAACUCUUUCAGUGGAAAUGUUCCAACAGAGCUUGCAAGCCUAUCUUUCCUUUCAGUUCGAAAGCUUUCCUUCGAUCAUUUGAAGGGACCAAUCCCAAUUGGUACUCAAAUACAGUCAUUUGAAGCAGAUUCAUUUGAAGGAAAUAAUGAAGGAUUAUGCGGACCUCCAUUGACACAGAACUGCAAUUUUGGUGCAGUUCCAGUAUUAGCGUCACCACCAUCGUAUGACAAUUCUAAUCAGAAUUCUGAAACUUCCAAUAUUGAUUAG